UAAUUCCCACCCGUCGCCACAUCCAUCGACAACCCCUUCUCGUGCUCCCAGACAAAACGACGACACCAGCGCCCGUUGUACGGCGCCGCUGCGGGGAGUCGCCGGAGCCCGAGAUCCAGUGCGCGGCGGUGGAUUCGGUUCGCGCCCAAGGAACGGGCGGCGGCGGCGGCGACCCAAAAUCUGCUGAAGGUCGAUGCUACUCGGGUGCGCAAGGCAGCCGCGGCGCAAUCGCGGAGGGAUGCGGCGGCGCCGAUGCGGAAGGCCCAUGGAAGUGCUCGGGCGCCGGAGCAGAGCAGUUCGGGCUGGGCGGCGCGUGUGCCGGAGCAGAGGGGUUCGGGAUUUAGCGCGGCUACUCCACCAAGGUCCUUCACCGUCGGCAGUUGCUUCUUCAACGGCGGCACCGGCGGCUUCUUCAGCAGCGGCAGACAAAGCCCCGUCGGUCAACCAUGGAAUUCUCAAUCUUCAGAUCCUGCAACUUGGGGAAACAAUGCAACACCUCCUGGAGGAUUCACAAACUUUAUGCAAUCUCAACAUUUUAAUUUUGUUGGAGAACCUUCUCAGUUUGCCCCAUCCAAGCCGCCAUGGAUUAUGCAAGAUUUUCAGUCAGAAGAAGAAUUGUCGACUCCUAUUUCAUCAAGGGACAAUACAUAUGUUAAUGUUGACAGCGGUGACGAGGCACCUAGGACUGAGAAGCGAAUCUUUUGGACCCAAAAAGAAGAUGUCAGGAUGAUGAGCUCUUGGCUGCUCAACUCAACAGACUCAACUGUCGGUGCUGAUAGGAAGAAUGAUCAAUAUUGGACUAAUGUUGAGGCUACGUACAAUGAGACAACACCAAGUCAUAGGCGUAGAAAUGCCAAACAAAUCAAGGACCGAUUUCAUAAGGUAAAUAAGUGGACUGACCUUUUUCAUAGUGCUUGGUCGAAGUCUAGAAUGAUUUAUACAAGUGGCCAUAAUGAUCGAAUGUGGAUUGAGAAGGCUCAUGUAUUCUAUAUAGAAGACAAUAAGAAACUCAGUUUAGGUCCUUUUGUGUUGAUGGAAGUAUGGAACACAGUAAAAACUGAAGCAAAGUGGAUUACAUACAACAAUGGGCUGAAAGCAGCAAGGAAAAGAAAGGGUUCAGGCAAGGACAAGGAGAGGAUAGUAACCACAUAGAUUUAGAUGAACUUGAGGAACAGCAAAGACCAAUUGGGCAAAAAGCU